GAUAACUCAGCUGUGCGGUGAGUCAUCUGACAGCUGCUGUAGAAUAGAUGCACUUGUUGAAUCAGCUCACGGUCAGCCGGCCAGGUUGUGUGCUAAGUCAUCUGAAAUCGCUUUUGACUGUCCCGUUGUAAAAGAGAACACACUAAAGAACCGACUGGGUUAAAACCGGCGGAUUUUUUGAUCUUACAUCAAGGCGAGCUGAAUUGUCAGCAGGACAGGUGUUUUGAUGUCUGCACAGCGAUUGUCUCUCUGGCCAUGUCUGCAAACUGCCCUGAGCUACGGGGUUCUCAUGCUGGCAGCUCUGCCAGACAAAACCACAGGUCAAAAUUGCUCUCACCCAAUUGUACCAGAGCAUGGAGGUUUCCACUGUGAUCCCUCUCCUUGUCGUGGUUUCGCUCAAAAGAGCACCAUUCGCUUCUUCUGCGAGCCGGGCUACACUCUACCCUUCCGCCAACAUCGGUCUAGAUGUCUUCAUGGGCAAUGGCGACCAAGCAUUCCCACUUGUAUACCUCAACCAGAGGGCCAUGCCGAACAUCAUGAAAAGAUAGUCAACUCUAUCCCAAGUGUGGCUACAACUGCUAUUGGAGUGUCCAUCUUCCUUCUUACCACAACAGCCUGUUUGGUUAUCAAAUCCCGUCUAUUCACCUGUCAUACACAAAGGCGAUCCUCGGAUCAGUUGGACCUAAUGGUAGAUGGCUUACCUGUGUCUCUUCCCACAUAUGAGGAGGCAAUCUACAGCAGUUGGGGCCAGCGACUCCCUUCCUUCCGUGGACCCACUCAGCUCCUGUUGGCCCAGCAUGCAUCAGAGCACAGUCCACUUACAUCCCUCAUACACUCGGAUUCCAAUCGUUGCACCGAUACAGCCAAUCAGAGCACAGAAGCUCUGCCACCUUCUUACGAAGAGGUCCAAUCACAAUCGAGAGACCGUACAACUGACAGUGAUGAGCGGACCUUGCAAAGUGCACUUUCUGUUGAUAAAUGCAACUAAUUACUGGACUUUAAUUGACUCACCCUUUGACUUCUGACUGUUUAUUUUCUUGCACAGGGGUGCUUGACUUAUUUUUGCCUUCGAUCAUGGAUUCACCCUCAGUUUAAAGAAUAUUCAAGAGGUCAUGAUUUUCUCUGAGUUUGAGUAAAAUUUUGCAACUGAAAGGGUGUCUUAUUGACCUAACUGGUCAGACAUGGCUAUCUUUUUUCGAGGUAAAGUGCUGCAAUAUAGAUUAUUUUGAUGUUUUCAGUGAUAAGCUGGAAAUAUAGCUAUUAACUUCCCUCAGUGAGGGGAAUUAGAUCACAAUGUUCAAGGGGACUUUUAUGAUUGAUGAAUGACUUUUAUUUAAAGAUGUAUGUAUUACAUUAGGGGAUGAGAGCUUUUAUAGUCACUUUACAGCCUUUUAAUUCACUCUACCAGCCUUUACAGCCAAGAAUUCUUUAUUUUACCUUGAGUAGGCUCCGAUUCUUGAAACCUGUUUUAGCUGAUAAUAUGAUUCCUUAGAUUGAUUCCUGACCUGCAAGAUACUUCCACUUAAAAGGGAUAAUUCACCCAAAAAUAUAAUUGAGGUUUUCAUUUACUCAAUCUUAUGUUGUUCCAAACCCGUUUCUGGGUGAACUAUUCUACUAUGUAGAACAGGGGAAUAGACUUGAAGUAUACUUGCUGAAUUGACAUUGAAUGUGUUUUUGUGUACUUAGUUUUUACUUUCUUUUUCCACAUGAAAACUAUCUUUCAUUUUAUGAUAUGUAACAUUUACAUUCUUAUAUCAUGUAUAGAACUGUGCACAAAGUAUAUAUAAAAGUAAUAAUGCAAAAAAAAAAAAAAAAAAAAAACUUUAUGAAUGAAAUAUUUGCUAUUAAAACUCAUUUUAAUCUGCACCCUAAUGUGUUUACAAGUGGUGUUUUUUUUUUCUGAGCUGGUUACACACACCUGUUUUCCUUAAGGUUAUCACAGGAUGAUCCCUGCUUAAACCAACGUUUCCAAAUGU